AACUUAAUUUAGAGUUCCUGUUUGCAUCUCUGCAGCCACUUCAGAAGGCACGCGUUUGGUUUGCUCUGAGCCUAACCUAGAGUGCUCACAGAUGCCUUUCAGUUGAGCUUGGGAACUGCAUCUGUGGGAAGAUUUCAGUGCAUUGCUUCUCCUGGGUGCUCUUCAUCUUGGAUUGGAAAGUUGAGAGCAGCAUGUUUUGCCCACUGAAACUCAUCCUGCUGCCAGUGUUACUGGAUUAUUCCUUGGGCCUGAAUGACAAGAUUGUUUCCUCCCCUGAGCUAACAGUCCAUGUGGGUGAUUCAGCUCUGAUGGGAUGUGUUUUCCAGAGCACAGAAGACAAACGCAUGAUCAAAGUAGACUGGAUGCUCUCAUCAGGAGAGCACGCCAAGGAUGAAUAUGUGCUGUACUAUUACUCCAAUCUCAGUGUGCCUACAGGGCGCUUCCAGAGCCGCGCAUCCUUGGCGGGGAACAUCUUAUGCAAUGAUGGUUCUCUCCUGCUCCAAGAUGUGCAAGAGGCUGACCAGGGAACCUAUACCUGCGAAAUCCGCCUCGAAAGGGAGAGCCGGGUGUUCAAGAAGGCGUUGGUGCUGCACGUGCUUCCAGAGGAGCCCAAAGAGUUCAUGGUCCGUGUGGGUGAAUCGACUAAGAUGAGAUGUGUUUUCAAGAGCACAGAAGAAAAACACAUGACCAAGGUAGAAUGGAUGUUUUCAGGACAGCGUGCCAAGGAGGAGAUUGUGUUACGCUACUCCCACAAACUCGGGAUGACUAGGGCGUACUCCCAGAGCUGGGGCCAUUUUCAGAAUCGUGUGGAACUGGUCGGGGACAUUUUCCACAAUGAUGGUUCCAUCGUGCUUCAAGUCGUGAGGGAGUCUGAUGGAGGAAACUACACCUGCAGUAUCUACAUAGGGGACCUGGUGUUCAAGAAAACCAUUGUGCUGCAUGUGAACCCGGAACAACCUCGAACACUGGUGACCCCGGUGGCCCUGAGGCCUGUGGUCCUGGGUGGUAAUCAGCUGGUGAUCAUCGUGGGGAUUGUCUGCGCCACAAUCGUGCUGCUCCCUGUUCUGAUAUUGAUCGUGAAAAGGACCUGUAGGAAUAAGAGUUCAGUGAAUUCUACAGUCUUGGUGAAGAACACAAAGACUAAUCCAGAGAUGAAAGAAGAACCCCGCUAUUUUGUCCGCUAUGAAGGGGAGAAACACAUUUACUCCUCAAUAACUACACGGGAGGUGACUGAGGAAGAAAAACCAAGUGAAAACUCAGAGUCCACCUACAUGACCAUGCACCCAGUUUGGCCUUCUCUGAGGUCAGAUCAGAACUCACUGGAAAAAAAGUCAGGUGGGGGAAUGCCAAAAACACAGCAAGCCUAUUGAGAAGAACGGAGAUUCCCUUCAUCUCAGCAGUGGCAGAGACUCUCUCCUCUGUGUGUCCUGGGCCACUCUACCAGUGAAUUCAGACCCCCACCCUCCCAGCUGCCCUCCUGUCUUGUUUGCUCAAAGCGCUGAUGAUGGAGAGUUUGGGGCCUGGCAGAGAGACUGGACAGCUCUGGAGGAACAGGCUUUGAUGACGGGAGGGGAGCAUGGACUUGGCCUCUGGAAUGGGACACUGGCCCUGGGAACUGGGCUGAGCUGAAUGGCCUCAAGCACCCCAUUGGAUCAGACCCUCCUGUGAGCUGUGUUUUUAGUGGAUGAGUUGCCGAGAAGAAGCAGAGAUAAAAAACCAACCCAAAUCA